UUUGUACAUAAUCAGUAUAUUUGUACAAGUUUAUUAUUGUAAGGAUUUUAUUUUCUUUCAGAUAUUCCUUGGGAAUUGCAUGUAGGAACUGUGUUUAAGAAGACUGAGAGCCGAUAUCAGCCUGUGCAACCUUUAUCGCCAAUCUCAAAUCAAAGGAGACUAAGGCUGGGCAUCAAGGCAAAACAUUUUUCAGAUGCGAGAUCUCAUACCAGAAAACUGAAUCGAUAUGCAAGAUCUUUGCUUUCAGCAAAAUACAGAAAUAAACAUGUCCGAAGUUCAAAGCAUUUAAGAAAACAUGGGCUUAUUUUUGGAAAAUGGAGAAGGCUUCAAAAUAAAAGUUUUCACAUGCGUGAACGCAUGAGAAGAAUAUCUGUUGCAUCUAGUGCAAGUUCUCAUGAGUCUCCAGUUCCAUCACCUUUUUCUUUAUAUGAAGAUGGAUUUGACCAAUCAAAGAAACGCAGAGAUGAUAACCAGUUUGACAUAGAUGAUGUUAUCAUUCCCUGUAAUAGCAAAAGUGGACGCUUAGUAGAUAUACAGUAUAAAGAGAUUCUUAUUCCCAGUUGGAGGUACAGAGAAGUAACUGAUGUCGCUGAAGCAGAAACUGUUGAAACAGAAGAAACUGAGGAUAUUUUGGAGGAUACCUAUAUCAAACGACAUGAAAAAUUAGAAGUUGAAGAAAAGAAAAUGCUCAGAAGUAGUGCUUUAGGUUUGACUGGCAAGAGCAGAAGAGGAAGGCGUCAUCGUUGCGAUUCCCGUGCUGACAGCAGCGGUGCUAAUACUCCUGAUCCUGUCUUGCUUUAUAAUCAAGACAUAAUGUUUCAAGUUCCAAAUUCCAUUGUAACAGCGGGUCCAUCUUCUCCAGCUGCAUCUCCCCCUACUACGCCUAGUUCUGCAACAGUCAUGUCUGAUGAUUCUCAGCCUUCAUAUGGUAAUGGAUCACUUGCACGUUUUGAAAAACGAAAAUUUGUAAUUCAUAAAAAGACUUCUGAAGAAAAUGCUAAUGUACAUACUGCAACUAAUGACUGUGAUGGUGUACAACCUUAUGAACCUCAUAAAUUCCCACUGUCUGACAAAGAAUAUGAACAGCUACUUGCUGAGUCAACCCAUCUCUGUACAGAAGACACAGAUAUGACUUUGAGUGUCCCAAGUUUUCCAGCUUCUCCUGAAAGUUCUACUAGUAGUACUUCAACAGUUGAAGAAGAUGAGGACAUUACUGAUCCCGAAUGGACUGUUGUAAAAAGAGAUAAUGGUCCUGAUCAAGCAUUAGUUUUAAAGUUUGCCAAAAGAUGAAUAUUAUUAUGUGCAGUAGUUUGAUUUCUAUCUGCAUGACUUAAGUUUUUGAUGUACUAGCACACUACCUUGUUGGUUUCUGGUUGUUUUUUACUAGCACAUCAAGGUGUAAAUGUGGGCUUCGUUUGUAACUGGUACUUGUAAUCUUUGGAAAUACUGUACAAAUCAUCAUAAAAAACGUCCUGGUCAAGCCAUAUAUGUAAAUAGUUUGUAAAGUUUCUUUUCAUGAAAAUGCUGUUUCUGUAGAUACUAAUUGUAAUUAUGUGUUCCUGACGAGUCAUUGAUCAUAAAAAUAGCACCAAUUAAAUUAAUAUAGCCAAAGUAUGAUGAAGCAUUGAAUAUCAUCUGAAGGAAGAGGGUUAAAAAAAUCUUGUACUUAUGUAAAUAAUUGAUCAUGUUUUCCUACUGUUAAAAGUGCAUUUUGCUUUUAUGUUAGUUGUAUAGUUUGUUCAAAAGUGUAAGAAAAAGAAAAAAAAUAAAGACACAUUAAUUAGCUUUA